UAGGAGUAUGGAACAAUUUCCAGCCUGAGGACAUUAGAAACAUGAAAUUGUUGUAGGCUAUAGGCUGUAUCAGUUAACAAAUGCACUGAUGGAGAUAAAUCAUCCAAUCUGACUCAAUUGUUGACAUCUUCACAACCCGGAAGUUACACCCUGCAGAAGGUUCAGCCAGCCAAUAGAGUAAAACAAAAAAACGCCUCCGCCAAUGACUCAAGCGAAGGACGGAGGUGAGAUUAAUAGGGAUCCUCAGCAGCAGCGGUCCUGUUAUUAUAAAGGGAAAUAAUCGCAAUGGGCAGCACCGACUCAAAACUGAACUUCAGGAAAGCAGUGAUCCAGUUGACAACCAAAACACAGCCAGUGGAAGCCACAGAUGAUGCCUUUUGGGACCAGUUCUGGGCAGACACCACCACCACGGUCCAGGAUGUUUUUGCACUGGUGCCAGCUGCAGAGAUAAGAGCUGUUCGAGAGGAGUCCCCCUCCAAUUUAGCAACCCUCUGCUAUAAGGCUGUGGAGAAGCUGGUGCAGGGUGCAGAGUCUGGUUGCCCCACAGAGAGGGAGAAGCAGGUGAUCCUGAACUGCACUCGCAUCCUGAGCCGCAUCCUUCCCUACAUCUUUGAGGAUCAGGACUGGAGAGGAUUCUUCUGGUCAACAGUGCCCGGUGCUGGGCGGGCUGGGACAGAUGAGCUGGAGGAUGACGAUGGAGCUCGACCUCUGGCCGAGUCGCUGCUCCUGGCGAUCGCUGACCUCCUCUUCUGCCCUGACUUCACGGUUCACAGCCAUAGGAGAGGCCCCGACUCAGUAGAGAACAUGCAGUCUAUAGACAGCUGUGAAUACAUCUGGGAGGCAGGGGUGGGCUUUGCACAAUCCCCCCCUCUCAACUACAUCCAUGAUCUGAAUAGGACAGAGUUGCUGAGAUUGUUACUGACCUGCUUCUCUGAGUCCAUGUACCUGCCUUCUUCUACGGACAACAAUGUCCUCAACCCUUGGGUGACAUUCUUCUGCUCCACAGAAAACAGACAUGCUCUGCCUCUGUUCACCUCUCUGCUGAAUGUGGUGUGUGCCUAUGAUCCGGUGGGCUAUGGCAUCCCAUACAACCACCUGCUGUUCUCCGACUACCGGGAGCAGCUGGUGGAGCAGGCUGUACAGAUCCUCAUUGUGACGCUGGAGCAUGACGGAGGGGUUGCCCACCGGCCGCCCUCCCCUUCCAGCAUGGAGGAACAAGAGACUGCAGGCCCUGAAAAUCUGUUUGUGAAUUAUUUGUCCAGGAUCCACAGAGAGGAGGACUUUGACUUUGUACUGAAGGGCCUAGCUCGUCUGCUGACCAACCCUCUGACUCAGACUUACCUGCCUAACUCUACCAAGAAGAUCCAGUUCCAUCAAGAGCUGUUGGUGCUUUUCUGGAAGCUUUGUGACUUCAACAAGAAGUUCCUGUUUUUUGUCCUGAAGAGUAGUGAUGUGCUGGAUAUUCUGGUUCCUAUACUCUUCUACCUGAAUGAUGCCAGGGCUGACCAGUCCCGUGUUGGACUCAUGCACAUUGGUGUGUUCAUUUUGCUGUUGCUGAGUGGGGAGAGAAACUUUGGAGUGCGCUUGAAUAAGCCCUACUCCGUCCAUGUGCCUAUGGACAUCCCAGUGUUCACGGGGACUCAUGCUGACCUGCUUAUAGUGGUUUUUCACAAGAUUAUCACCACAGGCCACCAGCGUCUCCAACCUCUGUUUGACUGCCUACUCACCAUUGUUGUAAAUGUGUCUCCCUAUUUGAAGAGCCUGUCCAUGGUGGCAGCCAAUAAACUGCUCCACCUGCUGGAGGCCUUCUCCACUAGCUGGUUCUUGUUCUCUGUAGCCCAGAACCAUCACCUUGUGUUCUUCCUUCUCGAGGCUUUCAACAAUAUUAUCCAGUACCAGUUUGACGGAAACUGCAACCUGGUGUACGCCAUAAUCCGCAAACGCAACGUGUUCCACCAGUUGGCCAACCUGCCCACUGAUCCUGCUUCCAUCCAGAAGGGCUUGCAGAGGAGGAAGAAGUCUCCGGAUGUCAUUUCCCGCACUAGCUCUCAGGAGACUGUAUCCAUGGAGGGCUCUCACCCUGCUGUGGCAGCAGAGCCUGGUACACUGAAGACCAGUCUGGUCGCUAUACCAGCCAUUGAUAAACUGACUGAGAAGUCCCAGGUGUCGGAGGAUGGCACCAUGGUGUCAGUUCCAAAGCCAGGAUCCGCACAACCACCCCCCUCAGACCAAAGUGCAGUCGUCGGGACCAGUGACACCGAGUCCAACUCCGGCCGAGACAAUGAAGAUGUUUUCUACACUGAAGCAGAAAUGGAGAGGAGACGUUUGUCAAGUGCGUCUUCGACAUCGUUUUGGGCUGCCACGCCAGAAUGGGUGCUCUCCUGGAAAUGUAAACUACCCCUGCAGACUAUCAUGCGACUUCUACAAGUACUAGUUCCCCAGGUGGAGAAGAUCUGCAUCGACAAGGGUCUGACAGAUGAAUCAGAGAUCCUGAAGUUUCUCCAGCAUGGCACAUUAGUGGGCCUGCUGCCAGUUCCUCACCCCAUCCUCAUCAGAAAGUAUCAAGCCAACGCAGGCACUGCUAUGUGGUUUCGCACCUACAUGUGGGGUGUUGUCUACUUGCGCAAUGUGGACCCUCCUAUCUGGUAUGACACUGAUGUCCGCCUUUUUGAGAUUCAGAGGAUGUAGUUCAGAAGACUAAAAAUGGGACUGUUCCAACUCCAGGGUUCCUCCUCCCUUCGUUAUCUGAUGGUUUCCUGGUAAACCUCAGUGUUUAACUUGCCUCCCUAAUUCUCAUCACAAUGCAUUCACCACAAGCGUUUGGUAGGAGAGUCAUUCAGACAAGGUAGAGAUACCUUUUUAGAUUAAGAUAUUGAUAAUUGAUAUCAAUAUUCUCCAUGAACAACCGUGUUUGUACAUUUCUUAAGACCUCAAGACCAUAGAAUGUCUAGAGAAUUUCCUGAAGGCCAUGGCUCUUUUCUUGGCAGCAUAGAAGUGAAAGAGGAAAUAAUGUUAAACUUUGCAGUCAGACCUUGUUAUAUAAAGAUAUGCUUUCCAACAAAGGCUUGUAACAUAUCCUGGACGGCAAUAUUGGUGUUUCACGUUAUUUGUUGUAAUUGCCAUGCUUUAAAGUGCACUCCUUACAAGUUGUCUUAAUAUGUUGUAGUUUAUGUGAAAAAUGUAACUACAGGAUUUCAGAGACAAUUAUACAGAUUGUAUGUUUUUAUGUAUAUGACCAGGUUCAUGUUUGGAUCUGGUUGGCUAUGCUUACUAUGCUUGAUGUUGAAAAUUGUAUUUUACGUAAAUUAUCCUGAAAAUAUAUAUUGAUAUGCAUCUGUGAA